AUGAGUGGAGUGGACACCACAGGACUCGAACUGGGCUCCUGCAAGGGUAGUGGCAGGGAGCUGAAUCUCGUGCACUGGGUGAAGUUCUACUCAGUGUGGCUGCUGCUCUACAACUAG